GAAUCAAUGAUUGUCGGCUGAAGCCCGGAAGCUCAGAUAGAUAUUUGUGCCCGUAAGCCGCACUGCAAAUGUAAUUGACAAGCAAAAAUGGCGGAACCGAAACGGAAGUCGAAGGGAGAGUUUGUUGAUUUCAUAGUGCUGCUGCUUUCGCUUGUAUUGCAAGUUUGUUUCAACUCAAACUCGAAGCUUCAAGUAUGGGCCGGUUCUGAACUCGAGUUUCUUCCGGGUUUUGAUGGAAAACUGCCUUUUCAUCUGGAAACAGGGUACAUAGGUGUGGACGAAUCAGAGGAUGUGCAGCUCUUCUACUACUUCAUUAAGUCCCAAUCAAAUCCAGAAAUGGACCCUCUGGUCCUUUGGCUUACCGGAGGCCCUGGUUGCAGUUCAAUUUCCGGUCUCGUCUAUGAAAUAGGACCAUUUACUUUUGAGGCAGUGGAGUACAGUGGCAGUUUACCCAGAUUGGUCUUGAAACCUUAUUCCUGGACAGAGGUGGCAAGCAUAAUUUUUUUGGACUGGCCAGUAGGUACUGGAUUUUCCUACGCAAGAAAUCCAGAGGCUCUUGAAUCUACUACUUUGCAAGCAAGCAAUCAAGCUUACCAGUUUCUUAGGAAGUUUCUGAUUGAUCACCCGGAGCACUUGUCAAAUUCUUUCUACAUUGGUGGAGACUCGUAUUCAGGUCUUCCUGUUCCAGUCAUAGCACAAUUAAUAUCAGAUGGGAAUGAAAAUGGAAAUCAGCCACUGAUUGAUCUUAAGGGAUACUUACUUGGCAAUCCAGGAGCAACUCCAUUGGAUCACAACUAUCGAGUGCAAUUUGCUCAUGGAAUGGGGCUUAUCCCUGAUGACCUCCAUGAGUCCUUGAUCAGGAAUUGUAAAGGAAUGUACAUAACUAUAGAUCCUGAAAACUUUCUGUGUAUGAAGGAUAUGCAGAACUUUAAUCAGUUAGUUGAGAGCAUCAAAUUUUCGAACAUUUUGGAAAAUUAUUGUGGUUUACGAGCGCCAAAGCCUCAAAAAACCUAUGCUCAGAGAAGAGAUCUGGAUGAAACAUCCCAAGAACUUAGUGGACAUGACCUACUCCUUGCAUUCAAAUGUCGUGAACAAGCAUUUGUGCUGGCUGAAAUUUGGGCUAAUGACCAAAGUGUCCGGGAAGCCCUCGACAUCCCGAAGUCCAUGAACCAGAUUUCCUCUGAUAUCGCAUCACAAACUUUUGUACACUUCACGCAGAAGCAUGUUGGAUAUUGGCAUCGAUGCAACGACAACUUGCUUUAUACAAAGACAAUCCACAGCAGCGUACCUUAUCAUGCAAAUCUCAGCACCUUAGGCUACAGGUCACUCGUUUACAGUGGUGACCAUGACAUGGUUUUGCCGCAUUUUGGAACUCAAGACUGGAUAAGAUCUCUAAACUACAGCAUUGUAGAUGAAUGGCGACCUUGGUUUGUUGAAGGUCAAGUUGCUGGAUAUACGAGAACUUAUGCCAACCGGAUGACAUUCGCGACAGUCAAGGGAGCUGGGCACACGGCACCAGAGUACAAGCCAGUUCAGUGCAGAGCCAUGUUCCAAAGGUGGAUAUCCUACGAACCUUUAUGAUUGACCCCAGUGGAGGAAAGGAAACUAAACUAUAAUAAAAUCUCCUGUCGUCCGACUCCAACUCUGCGAUGAUGGUCAGACCGACGGCUAUGGUGGUCGUCCUCUUCUGAGUUGAAUGAAUUUUAUUUUGUUUUGUUAAAAAUAAUAAGAGAAGCUGACGAGCAGUCCGCCGCCUUUUCUCACUUUUAUUUGGGUUGAUAAUUUAAUAACGGGUCGGGGCGUUCUUGAUUUUCA